AUGGAGGACCCCGGCGCCCCCGAUUGGUCCCGGUGCCGUCGCGUCGCGGCAAUACACGCGCACAGCGCGAGUGUUAAGUGCGUCUCCGGUGGACGAUGGCCCGCGGGGCAUCCCGGCGAGUCCGGACGCAUGAGGGGCGACGACUCGAGGACGACCGUGGACGGGUUCGCGACCGCGGGGUUGGACGGCGCGGCGCGCGUAUGGACCCUGGACGGCACGAGCUCCAGCGGAUUCAGGUGCGUCGCCGCAUUCGGCGAUCACACCGCCGGGGUGCGCGCGGUCGCCAUGCCGCCCCCGCGCGGCACGGGACGCGACCGAGCGUCGUCGUCCUCGUCCUCGUCGUCCGGGAUCCCGCGAACGGCACCCGAGAUGCUCGCCGCGACGGGAUCCUACGACCGCACCGCGAGGCUGUGGCACGCAUCGCGAGCCGUGCCCCCCGUCCCCCCCCUCGCGAACGGACACAGCGACUACGUCCUGUGCGUGUCCUUCGGCCCCGACGCCCGCACGCUGGUCACGGGAGGCGCCGACGGGCGGAUAUGCGUCUGGGAUUGCGACGACGCCGCCGCCGGGAACCCCGCCCCCGCGGCGUGUCUUCGCCCCGGGAGCAACGCCGCGGUUCGAUCCGUCGACGCGUCGUUACCCCCGCCGUCGGAGGACGAACCCGGCGACGUGCUGUCCAUGACGGGGGGUGAGGACGGGACCCUGCGGGUGUUCUCGCACGCGUCCGGCGGCGGAGCGGUUUGCGAAGUCGUCUUUGCCGGUCACGGCGGCGCGGUGACCUCCUUGGCGCUGUGCCGCGGCGAGGAACGGGGAUGGGGCUCACCGCCGCGGGCGCGGAAGGAGAACGUGCCCGGGACGCGUCGUAUCCGGAUCGCCGCGGGGCACGACGGGGGCGUCCUGUCGGUGCACGACGCGGCGUUGACCUCCGAGGCGGGGGGGGACGAAAACGCUCGGGCGUCGGUGAAGGUGAAGGUUCGCGAGGCGUUUGUCGGUCGGGUGCACGCGAACGGCGCCGCGCGCGCGACUCUGCUGCUCCGCCCCGACGCCCGGAUCGUCGCGAGCGCGUCCGAGGAUCGGACCGUGCGCCUGUGGAACAUGCAGAAGGGUAAUUGCCUCUCCGUGUUGGUCGGCGCGAGGUGUACCGUCGAGUCCGUGUCCUUCUCGGCGCUGGGCGACUUGCUCUACGCCGGCCUCGCGGAUGGCCACGUGUGGGUGUACCUCGAAGAGAGCGGAGAGGAGGAGGACGACGCGUGCGCGGGUGGUGGCAUCGAGCGGCGCGUGAUCGAGUCGCGGCUGGCGUUGGCCAUGGAAGCCCUGCGAGACCCAAAGGACCCGCGAGCGUCGUCGGCGUCGGAGUCGGAGCGGUGCGCGAGCGGUGCCGCGCCGUCGGCUCGGCGGUUCCAGGAUGCGUACGAGGAGAUGGAGUGCGACGCGCUCGGGCUGUUACCCAGGGUGGACCGUUCGAACGUAGCGCUGGUGGGUGAGGUGGCCGGGGGGUCUUUAGGUGGCGGGGGGUUCGCGUGGAGCGAGCGUGGUAACCCCACGCUGUCGUGUUCGGUGUGCCGGGGGGAGUUGGAGUUGGGGUUUGAGGACCCGGGUGGGGAUUGGCCGGCGCCGCUGCCGUGCGGGCACGUGUUUCACGCGCGGUCGUGUCUGGUGCCGUGGUUGAGGCACAGCCCUGCGUGUCCGCUGUGCCGGGCGAACGCGUUGGGGUCGGGUGAGCCUCCGCCGGCGGCGUGCCUCCCGGUGGAACCAAAAAGAUCGUGUUGGAGUUCACUUCGCGCGCGGGGCUCGCGAGAGGUCGCCGGAUACUCGGGGUUCGUCCCGAUCGAGUCUUCGACGAUGACCGGGGAUGCAUCCUCGACGGCCGCGGAGGGCGCACGGGGCGAACCCGUCCCGGGAGGCGAGCCCGCCGCGCAGGAAGAGAUUCCAGAAUACCACGACCCGGUCGACGCGUCCACGUACUCUGCUGCGCUGGACGCGAAGGUGGCCGAGCUCGAGCGGCUCUUCUCCCCGCUCAUGCAGCAGGCCUCUAUCCCGAUCUUGAACGCCAAAGGGGUCGACCGGAGCGUCUCGGUCCGUCCCGAGGUGUUCCCCUCCCCGCCCCUCAACUUCCGAUCGCGGUGUCGAUUCCAGGUGAUGUGGGAGGACGCCCCGGUGACCGCCGAGUCCACGGGGAUCACCCCCGGGGAGAGCGUGGAGCCGGGGCGAAGGCUGAGCUAUCGCAUGUGGAACAAGGGUAAGCCCACGGUUCCCAUCACCGAGUUCCCCAUGGCGCUGAGGGAGAUCGAGGAGCUCAUGCCGGCGGUGCUCAGGGAGGCGGAGGCGCAUCCCGAGCUCGGCGACGGGCUGCAGGCGAUUCACUUCCUGGCGUCCAGGGGUAUCCGCGGAGGGAUGCUGGUGACCAUGGUAUACGGCAGACCGAUCGAUGAGGCGUGGAAGAUGGCGGCGGAGGGGCCCCGCGCGAGGCUAAAGGCCGCGAUGGUGGACAUCCGCGAAAGGGUCUACGGCGGGGGUGACGACGACGGCUUCGACGGCUUCGCCGGGCCCCGGGGCGACGACGAGGAGUUAGACGCGACCGCUUUGAACAUCCUCGGUCGAAGCAGGGGGACCCAAAUCGUGGUAGGGGACGCGUGCCACGUGUUCGAGACGCUCGCGCUCCGCGACGGGCGGAGGCUGCGGUACAGGCAGGCGGAAGGGGCGUUCAGCAACCCGAAUUCGUUCAUGGCGGAGUCGACCCUCGACUGGCUCUGCGACUGCGCCGCGACCACCGUCCGGGAAGCACUCGGGGGUACGAGCGAACACUCCGCCGAGGCCGCCCCCCCGAGCCUGCUCGAGCUGUACAGCGGAAACGGAAAUCAUACCGUGGCGCUGGCCAAAUAUUUCGACAGCGUCGCCGCGGUUGAGCUCAGCGGCGUGCUGUGCGAAGCCGCGCGGGAGAACCUGGAGAGGAACGGGGUGGAAAACGCCAAGGUGCUGCACUCGCCGAGUGAAUCCGUGGCGAGGGGCAUGCUCAGGCGAAAGAAGAGACACGAGGAAGGCCGCGUCGGGAAGGCGGCCAUGGCGGCGGCGGCAACCGGGGCUGGAGACGGGUCAAAGCGCGGGGACGGAUCCGGAAUGGAAUUUGACAUAAACGCGUACGACGUCGUGCUGGUGGACCCGCCGAGGGCGGGACUGGACCCGGACACCUUGGACCUCGUCUCCCGCUUCGACGUCGUCCUGUACAUAAGCUGCGAUCCUCGUAAGGGGCUCCUCGAAAACGCGGUUGGCCCCCACGCGGCUCGGGCGCUGGACACUGGGGAGUUUGAAGGGGAGUUCAAGGGGUGGAGCGGGCUGGCCAGGACGCACGACCUGGUGCGAUUUGCUGUUUUCGACCACUUCCCGUACACGCGACACAUAGAGUGCGGUGCGUGCUUUGUGAGGCGGCGGUGA